AUGAGGGGGAAGAAUGAGGAAGAAUGGGGAAUAAGGAGGAAUAAGGAGGAAGAAGGAGGAAGAAAGAGGAAGAAGGAGGAAGAAGGAGGAAGAAGGAGGAAGAAGGAGGAAGAAGAAGGAAGAAGAAGGAAGAAAAAAGAAGAAGGAGGAAGAAUGAGUUUGGUUUCUGGCUGGUGGGUAAAAGAUCAAAUUUUCCUCAAAUUCGAGGAUAUUUUUGAUGAUGUGGAUAAUGGAGAAAAGAUGCGAGGUUGUCAAAUGUCGCAGGAUUUCCUCAAAUUCGAGGAAAUUUUUGAUGAUGUGGAUAAUAAAGAACAGAUGCGAGGUUGUCAAGUUUCGCAGAAUUUCCUCAAAUUCGAAGAAAUUUGUGACGAUGUAAAUAAUAAAGAACACAUGCGAGGUUGUCAAAUGUCGCAGAAUUUCCUCAAAUCCGAGGAAAUUUUUGAUGAUUUGGAUAAUGGAGAAAAGAUGCGAGGUUGUCAAAAUUUCCUCAAAUUCGAGGAUAUUUUUGAUGAUGUGGAUAAUGGAGAAAAGAUGCGAGGUUGUCAAAUGUCGCAGAAUUUUCUCAAAUCCGAGGAAUUUUUAGACGACGUGAUUAAUAAGGAACAGAUGCGAGGUUGUCAAGUUUCGCAGAAUUUCCUCAAAUUCGAAGAAAUUUGUGACGAUGUGAAUAAUAAAGAACAGAUGCGAGGUUGUCAAUUGUCGCAGAAUUUUCUCAAAUUCGAGGAAAUUUUUGAGAGAAGCGGCGUUGCCAAAUAA